AUACAAAAUAAAAUCCAUUUUGAAACCAGAAUAUGCUUCAAUAUGUGUUGAUGAUGGCACACAAAGUAAAUAUCUGUUUGGCGAUGAUUUACCCAAACGACUAAAAGACGCCAAAGAGGCGAGCAAUGUGGGGCUAGCUGUGAAUACGAGCAAUUCAAGAAACAACAACUGUCCUGCGCCAAAAAGCUAUUAUUAUUAUUAUUUUAUUAUUAAUGGUUUAAGAUACACACCUUCGCAAUAUAUUGAAUUAUGGUGCGUUUACAAAAUUAGUACGCUAUAUAUAUUUACAUAUAUAAAAAAUUAAGUUGCAUAUGCAUCAAGUCUAAAAAUCUUAUUGAAUUGCAUUAAAAUCAUCGUAACUACAUAAGUAUCACGCUUAAGUUUCUUUACUGUUUGGCAUUUUAUUGUUGUUAAUGUGUUAGAGUUUCUAAGUUCAUAAUCAUUUGAACUAGCCCUAGACAAUGGAACAUAUUUUGACAGCGGUCCUUCAAUUUCUAUGCGCUUCAUAGUAUUGAGGCAAUGACGUUCUCGCCUUUCAUCCAAUCUGGAACACCCAAGUUGUGCCAAUGCUUCCAUAUAAGAGUAACCCGGUAAAAUGAUCCUCAGCGUUCGUUUUAGCACUCGCUCUAACUAGUCGGCGAGGUACAAAAACCGAGGUACCUAAAAAGGAUGGCACUCAAUAAACAUGUAUCCUACUAUCUUUUUAAAAUGGAUUCAUUAAACACUAUAGUCAAAUUAGUCGAUAACGAUUGUUUUAUGGCCUCGAUAGAUCUCAAAGAUGCCUAUUAUUCAAUACCUAUUCGGGAAAGAGACAGAAAAUAUUUGAGAUUUUAUUGGAAAAAUCAACUUUACCAGUUUACUUGCCUACCAAAUGGGUUUCGAGUGCCCCUAGAAAAUUUACUAAGAUCCUUAAACCUGCCUUGUCAUCAUUACACAUCAAAGGACACAUUCUUUUCAGUCAUUUAGAUGAUUUCUAUUUACAGGGCAAAACCCCUGAGGAAGGUUGCUCUAAUUUAAUAGAUACAGUGACACUUUUUACACAACUGGGCCUGUUAGUCCAUCCUAAGAAGUGUAAUUUCAUACCCUCACAAGAAAUAGUAAUUUGGGGGUUUAUAAUAAACUCAGUAAAAAUGACUGUCAAACUGACACCAGAGAAAGCACUAGCCCUAAAGUCAGAUUGUGAUUUGUUUCUUAAAAAAUGCCCUGGUAAUAUUGUAAUUCGAGAAGUUGCUCAAAUUAUUGGGAAAAUAGUAUCAAGUUUUCCUGGGGUCCUGCGCGGACCUCUUUACUAUCGACAUUUAGAAAGGGACAAAACCUCAGCUUUAGCUAGGAAUAAAG